AUGGCGUUCCCAGCCACUGUUGUUAUUCUUCCUUUAGGCAUUCUUUUCAUCCUUUCUGGCCUAAUUGUAAAUAUAAUUCAGGCUAUCUUCUUUGUCCUUCUCCGUCCAAUAUCAAAGAAUUGUUACAGAAGAUUAAACAAAUUGCUCACAGAAUCACUGUGGUUGGAGCUCAUGUGGCUCAUUGAUUGGUGGGCUGGAAUCAAGAUUGAAUUACACACAGAUUCAGAAACUUUUCAAUUGAUGGGCAAAGAAAAUGCACUUGUGAUCUGCAACCACAGAAGUGACAUUGAUUGGCUUAUUGGAUGGGUCUUGGCUCAGCGCUCUGGUUGUCUUGGUAGCACUAUAGCCAUUAUGAAGAAAGAAAUCAAAUAUCUUCCUGUUCUAGGUUGGUCAAUGUGGUUUGCCGAAUAUAUAUUUCUAGAAAGAAACUGGACAAAAGAUGAAAUCUCACUUAAGUCAGGUUUUAAGCAUCUAGAGCACAUGCCACUGCCUUUUUGGUUGGCCCUUUUUGUUGAAGGAACUCGUUUCACACAGACAAAGCUUUUACAAGCUCAAGAGUUUGCUGCUUCAAAAGGGUUGCCUAUACCCAGAAAUGUUUUGAUUCCUCGUACUAAGGGUUUUGUCACAGCAGUUGACAACCUUCGGACAUUUAUUCCAGCCAUUUAUGAUUGUACAUAUGCAGUUCCAAAGACUGAGACUUCACCUACUUUGUUGAGAAUAUUUAAAGGCAUUUCUUGCACGGUGAAGGUUCAAAUUAAGCGUCACAAAAUGGUGGAACUUCCAGAAACAGACGAUGGCAUUGCACAAUGGUGCAAAGAUGCAUUUGUUGCCAAGGAUGCUUUGCUCGAAAAAUAUAAAACUACAGAAAUUUUCAGUGACCAAGAACUUCAACAAAUUCAUCGGCCAAAGAUAUCUAUUUUGGUUGUGGUUUUUUGGUUUUGUCUUCUAGGGUCUCUUCUUUAUGAAUUCUUUCACUGGACCUCACUCCUCUCCUCGUGGGAAGGCAUCUUCUUUAUAGUGUUUUUCUUGCUCCUGGUGAUAUUUGUCAUGGAAAUCUUCAUUCAUUCGUCUCAAUCAGAGCGUUCUAAACCCCCCCUGGUUUUACCCACACAAGACCCCAUGAAGCAGAGCCUUCUUCACCAAUGA